AUGACUUCACCUAAUAUACCUUCCGACCUUACAAUGCCAAAAAACGAUCUUCUUCCUACUACAGCUGCGGCAAUCGAACAAGAAGAGACGAUCGAAAAUGUUACAAAGGAGAAACUCGGAUACAUGAAACUGAUGAUGAAAAGCUUUAUUCAAGGAGCACUGAGAGAAAAAGAUCAGGGAAAUCUGACACGUUACAAUGAACUCAUCAGUAUCCUGUCAAUCGAUCCAUCUAAUCCUGAAGCACCUUCAGCUCUCAAGCUCUACGUCUGGAUCAGUGUUUUAUCCCAAUCUGUUUCACAACUCGACAAAUCAUGCUCUGGCCUUAUCGAGGCAAUUCUCAAAGUAGACUGGGCAGUAAGAACCCGCACCUUUGUUGAUGCCUAUAUCGAUUUACUUGAAAACAUCGUUUCUGCCCAUGCCGUUUACGUCGUACCUGUCAUCAACACACUUGUGUCAGGCCUCAGAUUCCGUUAUAAUCUCCCCCCUUAUAAUUGUGUAUCACGCACUGUCAUUUAUGAACGUAAUCAUGAGGCUAUCCGAAGCAUUCUUCAACUCAUCCCAACAAGUGCCAAUUCUCUGUUUGUCAGUAUCGUGCGACAGACACCACAUCAUCGUCUCAGCUCAGCUGAUCAAGCAGCAUUUGUCAAGAAUGCCCUUGAAAUUGUAGAGUAUGCCCCAGUUUUGAGAAGACAGAUCCUCAGUAUCCUCAUUGACCACAUUGCUCACAUUCAAAUUGAAUUGGACGAGUUGGAAGAAGACGUUGAUUUCGAAACUUAUAAUAUGGAUUUUGACGACGAUUACCAAUCAGACAAUAGUGACAACGAAGAUGAAGAAGACGAUGAAGAAGACGAUGACGAUGACGAUAUCGAAAGCAUGUACUCGGACGACGACCAAGAAAAUGGAAAUGUUGACCUCAAAGAACAGAUGAAGAAAAUCAAAUCAAUGGUCCGCAAACUCGAUGCCAUGAUGGUUCUUGUCUUCCGUUACUUUGCAAAAUGUGCGGUACAGCAGCCCGCCCAUGUCAAAAACGAACUCUACACCACUCUGAUCGAUAUCUUUGACCGCAUGAUCUUAAAGACCCUCAAGUCUCGAUACACCCAGUUUUUGAUUUUCUAUUUCUGCUCACUCGACGUCAAUGCCUACAGUGAUAGCUUUGUUGAACAUCUGAUCAAGAACAUUAUGGAUCCUCUACGCCCUGGAGUGACACGCAUCUCAGCCGCAGCCUAUAUCUCGUCGUAUGUUGCUCGUGCAAAGUUUCUCGAGCCAUUAGCAAUCCAACGAAUCAUUGGAACCCUGUGUGCCUGGUGUGAGGAAUAUGUCGCAACUCACGACAAGAAUCUACAGGCAGAUGUGAUGAAACACGAUGUGUUUUAUGCUGUAAUGCAAGCAAUUAUGUACAUUUUCUGUUUCCGCUGGCGUGAUUUGGUACUCGAGGACGCACUCGAUGUUUCUCUCGAACAAGAGCAAGAAGAAAUCGAUGUCGAGAAGAAUAACAUCAAUAUAUUUGGACAAUCCAUCACUACCACCACUACUAUCAACACCAACACUAAUACUGCAACCACAAACAGUACGAGCUCGCCGUCUGGCUUAAAUGUUCACAUCAUGAGUGCUGCAGAAAGUGGAGGAGUUGUACGAAACUGGUGCCGAGGUCUUCGUAAUAUGCCCUACCUAGUGAUGAGCAGACUGAACCCACUCAAAGUGUGUUCUCCCGCAGUCGUGAAGCAGUUUGCCAAGUUGGCGCAUGAUACCCACUUUAUGUACGUCUAUCCAAUUCUGGAGAAGAACAAAGAUCUGCUGAUUACUGGUGUGAAUGCCGACAAUGGUUCUUCGGGUGGCAAGAACAUCUUACAGACUGUCCAGACAUUCUUCCCAUUCGAUCCUUACAAGCUUGAGAGCAGCAAGAACUUUAUCAACAAUAUCUACUUUGAGUGGAUUGCAGAGGAUGACGAUGAAGACAGUGACGAAGAAAGUGAAGAUGAGAGCGAUGGUGAAAUGUCGGCUGGAUUGAUGGCUAUGAGCAUUAGUCCAAGCCCUAUACAUUACAUGCCACAAUAA